AUGAUGCCGUUGGCACCGACCCCCAUCGUGGCGGUGCCCUCCAAGCCCAAGAUCGGCUUCUCCAUCGACUCCAUCGUGGGGCAGAGCCCCCAGCACUCGCCGGUGCACUUCUCCGAGGGCUCGGCGCCGCUCUCGCCCUCCAGCGAUGACAACCAGCCGCGGUCGCCCGCCUCCCCCAAGCCGCCCAUCAUGGUGCCGGGCAUCCCGGCGCACUCGCUGGUGAGGCCCAGCCCCACCUACGACCCCAACCUGGUGCCCAAGAACGGCUUCCUCCAGCCGGAGAUGGUGCACAACCACCAGCAGCAUCCCUUCGCCUUGGCGGCGCACUUCCAGGGAGCGGCGCUGGCGGCGGCGCUCAGCUCCGGACAGCACGGCUUCCCGCAGCCGUCGCCGCUCGCCACCCACCAGCCCCGGGACAGCUACCCCCUGUAUCCCUGGCUGCUCUCCAGGCACGGCAGGAUCUUCCCCCACAGGUUCCCGGGAGGACCGGACAUUCCCGGCUUCCUCCUGCAGCCCUUCAGGAAACCAAAGAGAAUACGGACGGCGUUUAGUCCGUCGCAACUGCUCAAGCUCGAGCACGCUUUCGAGAAAAAUCACUAUGUCGUAGGUGCGGAACGAAAGCAGCUUGCACAGUCGUUAUCGCUGACUGAAACUCAGGUGAAGGUGUGGUUCCAGAACCGGCGGACGAAGCACAAGCGGAUGCAGCAGGAGGAAGAGGCGAAGACGAGCCAGGGCGGGAACAAGUCGGGCUCGCAGGGCGGCCAGCAGAACAGCCACCACGUCAACAAGUGGAAGCAGGAGACGGGGGAUGACGGCCAAUACGGGGAGUACAUCGACAUGGACAUGGACGAGGAGUGUGUGAGUGAUGUAGAGAGUGAAACAUAA